AAUGGAGAUUUUAAUUUAUUAGCCAUCUAGUGAUUUUAAUCAUCUCCUAUACAAAUAGCAAUGGCCCGGCAAUCAAUGCUCCUGAUGGAUAACAAAUCAAACGUUGAAUUUCUUUUCGACAUAUCCAAGGAAAUCAAAUAUUUUUAUGAAGUUCCAGUAAUCUUUUUGACUCAAAAAGACUACUCAGAUAAUAUAUUUAAUACCAUGUGUUCCAUGCGCACAGCUCUUGAGGAAGGGUCAAAAACUCAAAUUAUUGAUAUUAUUGUUGAUUUUCAUUUACAAUGGCUACACGCGAUUAAAGAUCUAGAAAAGUUUUCAAACAAACUACAAGUGCUUCCUCGACAAGAAGUUUAUGCAGCUAUAACUUACACGAUAGAUGCUAUGUGCAAUCGUUUAAAAUAUUACCAAAGAUAUAUGUUAAAAUAUCGACCAUCACUUUCAAAUGAUAAUCAAGCCAAUAUUUUAGCUGAUUUCGAAAUAAUAGAAGAAAUGCAUGAUGAUGUUACUCAAAUACUUAUAAAAAAACUGAAAUAUUUUAGAAAUUUUGAUACCGAUGAUGAAUUUAAAAUAAAAGUAAGAGAUGCAACAGAAGAACUAAUUUCUUGGGUUGAUUUGAUUCACGAUGAGUUUGUUAUACAGUUAACAAAGCAUAUAAAUGGAAAUCUUAUUGCAGAUUUAACCAAGAUUUUACGGAAAAUAGUCAGUGAUUUGCAUAAAUCUAACUCUCCUACUGUUCAAAAAUUAUUAGAACAUCUAAAAGUAAUGGGAAAUGAUUUCAGCACUAUGAUACGAUGUAUUUCAGUUCAUGAUUUAGAAAUGAAUAAACUAAUAGAAAAAAUUAACACGUUAGAUGACAAAAUUUCUAGUCUUGCUGGUGAACCUACUGCAGCUGUUAUAAAUCUACAAAAUAAGAAAAAAUAUUUUGAGAAUCGACUAAAUUUUUUAGAGAAUUCAAAAACAGCACUCAAGUCUUUUUUGGAAUGCAAUGAUGCGCAAUUAGAACAUUUGGAUAACGAACAAAUAUGUAAUUGUAAAGAUUUUUAUCAGUUACGAAUAUUUAAUCACGCAUUGCCACAACAAGAACGUGAACGUUUAGUUACUGAGUUAUGUUGUACAUGGGAUUUAGCGAUAUCUGGAGAGCACAGACACAAGUCUAUUAUUUCGAUACUUAGUGCAGCAGACAUGAAAGAGGAGUUUACUGAUGCUCUUGGUAGUUUUUAUAUUGAUCAACACAGUCGAAAGAUUUACAAAGUUCCAGAUGAUGAAACUCUCUACCAGCCCAACGAACAUAAUGAUCUAGUACCUUUGUCUGAUGACGCAGAACAUAUCUAUUUUUAUGAUGAAUGUGGACGAUAUUAUUUUGACCCAAAAACACGUCAAAGGGUGUACAAAGCACAUGAAACUGCUAGUGAAUAUAUGAUGGAUAGUUCUGGAAUUCUAUUAAAAGUGAAGGAACAGCGGAAAGGUGUUACCUAUUAUUAUGACAAUUAUGGUAGAUAUUAUAUCAAUUGUGAAGGAAAGCAUAUUUAUCGAGAGGCAGAUUCUACAAGUGAGUAUGAAAAUGAUGGUUUGGGAAAUCUAGUGCGUAUAAGAAGUAAUUUAGAUUUACUCAAGCUGUGUCCGGAUGACGUACAUGUCACUGAAGACUUUAAAUACCUCAAAAAUACUGUAGGUAAAGCUUUACGGGAGUCUAUUGCCGAUGUUAUUUUACACCAACCAGCUGAUCCUAUAAAGUAUUUAUCAGCGCGGCUAAUGAAGUACAGAGAAAAUUUGGAAUUAAAAGAAAAGCGUUCUAAAGAAAAAGAGGAGUUACAAAUUGAACGAGAACUAAGAAUGUCAGAAGAACGCGCUGCGACAGAGCGUGCUGCUACGGAAGCCAUUCAACUUGCUUAUGGAGGUAGCGAAGCGAGUUAUGAUUCCAAUCUUAUGAAAUACGCUUACAUGCAGUCUGAUUAUUCGCAGGCUGGCAGUUCAAUACAUAAAAAGUAAUUGAUAAGUUUAUUAGGUUGGUAUGUACUAACUUGUUUCAUGUCAU